CCAUAUGAAAAACACCAGAAAUGAAAACAUUUUUAUUGCUCUGUGAUGGAAUACGUAAUCUAUUUCUUAAGAAAAUAUCUCUUAACACGGGUUUAUUUGUGACAUUCUCGCUUUGGUAAAUAUUUUUAAUGUUUCUUCACCCUUUUGUGAUUCAGUCUAAACGAUUUCAAAUUUGAAUAUAGUAUAUAUUAUGAAUUGAAUAGUUGGAAUGACAGAUCACACUUUGAAGGCAGGGUUCAGUUUGAGACAGCAUUCCGUUUUGGUUAAUUGAUGAGGUUUUCUCUUGAACUAAGGACUGUAGACUCUGCACUAAUUAAUAAGUGCAACAGUAACAUGCAGUGAAUAAGUGAGGAAGAUUUGGGUGAAUAUGUAGGAAACGCUGGAGUACAGCCAGAAAUUUGUGGAGGAGAUAAACACUGCCAUGGAUGAAAUACCAGAGAUAAAGGAGGAGUUUCAAGAAGAAGAAAAGGCAGAGGAGAAUGAUCCGCAAGAGAUGGUAGCAGAGAAAGAGGAGCCACGAGAUGAGGUUAAUGCAGAUGGACUGCUGGAAGUGAAAAAGGAACCAACUACAGAUUCAGACGAGGAGCAAGAAGAGGGAGAGGAAACACAGGAGGGCCUUGAUGAUCCCAUUCCCCUAAAAUGUGUGGUUAAACAGGAAGAUGAUGAAGAGGAAGAAUUAGCUCCUCCAGUUGCAGUGUUUCUUAUGUGCAAGGAGGAACCUAAAGAUGAGGAGGAGGCGGAGGAAGUUGAGUUCCCGUCUGAUUCUUGCAAUGCAUUUGUAAAUGAAGAAGAAAUUUCCAAAUCACCAGGUGCGUGA